UAAAUCUCAUAAACCUUAAAGAUACAUACACAUUACACACAAUCUGUAUGUAUAGUUUCAUAGUAUCCAUAAAAGUUUUUUCACCACUCUCCUUUUACAGAGCUCUGCCACACUGACAAAGCACCAAACAAGAACCAAAGACUGAUAAUGCUGAUGACCCUUCAUAGAUAAAGAGAGAGAAAGGAGAGACUGAGAGAGAAUAAUGUCUCAGAAGUUGGUGAAAGAGAGAGAAGCUAUGGGGUGAAUGUGAGAAUCUAGCGGCUGCUGCUGAUCAAUUUUAUGAGUUUUUUGAUUUCUUCCACUAAAUUUGCUUGGAGCUCACUGUAGUGAACUGCAUUUGUUUACCAGUUCUGAUCAAGAAGAGCCUAACAUACAAGGAUCACUUUUUUUGAGGUUGAACUAGCACAUUAUUUGCUAGUAGCUGGAGUUAUGGCAGCGUUAUCACAUUCAGAAUCGAGGCGGUUAUAUUCUUGGUGGUGGGAUAGCCACAACAGCCCUAAGAACUCUAAAUGGCUCCAUGACAAUCUAACAGAUAUUGAUUCCAAAGUUAAAUUUAUGAUCAAACUACUUGAAGAGGAUGCGGAUUCAUUCGCAAGAAGGGCUGAGAUGUACUACAAGAAACGGCCCGAGUUGAUGAAAUUAGUUGAGGAAUUCUACAGGGCAUAUCGUGCACUAGCUGAAAGAUACAAUCACGCAACAGGGGAGCUGCGCCAUGCCCAUCGGACCUUAGCAAAGGCGUUUCCUGACCAAGUACCUGUCGAGAUGGUUGAAGAUUCGCCUUCAAAACCUCCUCGCACACCAGAAACAAGAAUAGUCCGUGCAUUGUUUGGCUCAGGUGACUUGCACGGGCUUAAAGAUGAUCAACUAGGGGGAGACGAAGAAGAUUCAAAAUCUAUUGAAAUGAGCCCGGUUUUUCAUGCUCAAGUGCUGAAAUUUUCAAACGAAAAUCAUGAGGCCGUGAAGGAGGCCGGAAGAGCUGGAGAAGCUGAAAGUGAAGUCGAGAGCUUGAGACGUGCCCUUGCUGAUAUCCGAGCUGAAAAGGAGAGUGUCCUUGUCCAGUAUCAACGGUGUCUGGCAGAGCUAUCCAGUGUCGAGGGAGAGCUCAACAACGCCAAAGAUGACUCUGUCGAGCUCAAUGAGAGAGCUAGCAGAGCUGAGAUAGAAGUUCAGACGUUGAAGGAAGCUCUUGUUCAGUUAGAGGCCGAGAGGAAUCGAAAAGACGAAAUCUGUCGAUUGGAGCGUGAAAGCGAAGAAGAUUAUAAAGAAUGUCUUGAGAAGAUAUCAGUUCUUGAAAAUCUGAUCACCAUUCUUGAAAAUGAGGCUCGACUGCUCAAGAAACAAGCAGAGACAGCUGAAAACCAAGUCUCCGAGCUUCAACAGUCCCUUGCAGAUCUCAACAAGGAGAAAGAAGCUUCUGCACUCCGCUACAAAUGCUGCUUGGAGACAAUUUCCAAGCUCGAGAAGGACUUGACGUGUGCGAAAGAGGAAGUCAGGCGCCUUAACAAUGAUGUAUUGAUUGGAAAUCUGAAGCUGAGGACUGCUGAAGACAAGUCUUUGCUAUUGGAGAUGUCGAACCUUUCGCUGCAAACAGAGGCAGAGAAACUGGAAAAGAAGAUUGCUGCCAAGGAUCAAGAGCUUUCACGGAAGCAGGAGGAGUUGGAGAGCCUCCAAACGUGCCUACAAGAUGAACACUCGCGUCGUGCAAAAGUCGAGGCCACUCUUCAGGACCUGCAUUCUCAAUCUCGAGACGAUCAGAGAGCUCUUAGGCUGGAGCUGGAAAACGUGCUCCACACACUCAAGGACUUGGAAGCAAGCAAAGUAGAACUUGAAGAAGAGAUUUUUCAGGUUCGGGAAGAGAAUCAAAGCCUGAGUGUAGCAAACUCAUCUUUGGUGGAGAAUAUGCAAAACGAAAUCCUUACCUUGAGAGAGAUCAAGGAGAGACUCGAGAAAGAAGUUUCACACCACACCGACCUAAGUAAUUCCCUCGAGCAGGAGAUAACGCGUAUGGAAGAGGAAAUCGAAGGGCUGAAUAGGAGCUAUCAGGCUUUAGUCGAACAAGUUGAAGCAGCAGGUCUGAGCAAAAACUGUGUAACGAGUUCGAUAAAGAGCUUGCAGAAUGAGAACUCAAUUCUGAGGGAGAUCAAUGAGAAGGUGAGUAACGAGAGACAAAUCAUGUCAAGUAAGCUGCAAAGCAUGCAGGAAGUUUUGGAUAAAAAGGAGGUCCUAGAAAGCUCCAUCUCGUGCUUGCAGAGUGAGCUGGAGAGCUCACGAGAAACGGUUAAAGCAUUGCAGGAAUCUUGCCGGUUUCUUCAUGAAGAAAAGGCCACAUUCAUGUCCGAGAAAGCUUCUCUUCUUUUACAGUUGAAGGCUACGACCGAUAAUAUGCACAACCUGUUGGAAAGAAAUGCUGUUGUUGAGAAUAGCCUCUGCAAUGCAAGAGGUGAACUUGAAGGUUUGAGGGAGAAAUCAAAGGGAUUGGAAGAAAUGUGUGAAUUGCUUAAGAAUGAAAGAUCUCAUCUUUUGGAGGAAAGGAGUAGCUUGGCGAAUAGGUUGGAAAACGUGGAGAGAAAACUUGAAACCUUGGAGAAGAGAUACACGGGGCUUGAAGACAAAUGUAUGAGCCUCGAGAGAGAAAAGGAGGGCGUUCACUGUCAAGUCGAAGAACUCAAAAUCUCGUUGUUUAUGGAGAAGCAAGAAAGAAGUUCCUCCCAGCUUCAGAGUGACACUAGAUUGGCUGGACUAGAAGACCAGAUUCAUUUCCUGAAACAAGAAAAUAGCUGGAAAAAUAAGGAAUACGAAGAGGAACUCGAGAAAUCACUAAAAGCUCAGUUUGAGAUAUCCGUCUUGCACAAAUUUAUGAAAGAUAUGGAAGAGAAGAACUGCUCUCUCAUCAUUGAGUGCCAAAAACACGUUGAGGCAUCCAAAUUGGCGGAGAAGUUGAUCUCGGAGCUGGAGAGUGAGAGCCUUGAGCAGCAAGUCGAAGCUGAAGUCUUGUUGGAUGAAAUCGAGAGACUCAGAUUGAGCAUACACCAGGUUUUCAGGGCGCUUGAAGCUGAUUCGGACUGUCAUCCCGAGGAUAAGAUGGAGAACACUGUGCACCAUAUUAUCGAAACUAUCGAAGAUUUGAAAAGUUCCAUGUCGAGCCAGGAGGAUGAAAAGCAGCUGCUCUUGGUUGAAAACUCUGUUCUCCUGACCCUCCUAGAGCAGUUAGAAUCCAAGGGGAUGGAAUUCGAGUUGCAGAGGAAGACCUUAGAGCAGGACAUCAAAACCAUGAGCGCUAUGGCAGAAACUGAAAAGGACAAACUCCAAGAGCUGAACGGAAUAUUGAAAUCCGAUGUGCGUGAGAGUCGUCAGCAUGCUGCUAUGCUUGAAGUUGAAUUGGAGAGUCUUACUAUCAAACAAGCCGAUUUGCAUAAAUCCUACAACGCUUUAGAGGAGGCAUACUUGCAAGUAAGCCGGGAUAAUACAAAUUUACUGAACAAGUUUUCUGAUCUAAAGGAGGAGAAACAAAAUGUAGAUCAGCAUAGCAAUGCUGCUCUACUUGAAUGCCUAGAAACUGCUAACAAAUCAGUCGUUUUUAGGAGCUUCGUUGAGGAGAAGUCUUCACAAGUAAAAUCACUCCUCAAUGAUCUUAGGAGACAGCAUCAGAUCAACUGUGGCUUUGAAAGGGAAAUGUCUGCAUUGGUAGAGAAGCUGGAGCUGCAAAAGGUAGAAAACCAACUCUUGAAAGAUGCUGUCCAAAAAUUGGAAGGAGAGAUGCAAGGGAUGAGAGAAUACAAUGUUGAGAUGAAGAAGGAGAUUAUGAGUGGUAAACAGACUUUGCUUCAAACAGAGGGGAAGCUCUUGAACGCAGAAACGAGGCUUCAAACUGUCGCGAAGUUUAAUCUGGAAUUGUGCACAACGGUCGAUGAGCUGAAAACAGAUAUCCUAGAGUCGGUGCAGAUGAAGGAGACUCUUGAGAAGGACAUUAUCCGGCUGUCCGAAGCUAAUACAGCCCAGAGGGAGGAAAUAGAGAGCCUUAAUGUGCUGAAGAUGAACUUUGAGAGCGAGCUUUCCCAGCUCCGGGAGCAGAUGGAAGAGAAAACCGUUAAAGAACAGGCUUUGUGUUCAGAUCUGAAGGAGAAGAGCAAUGAGUUUGAACUCUGGGAAGCAGAAGCUACGGGAUUUUACUUUGACCUUCAGAUCUCUUCUAUCCAUGAAGUUCUGUUCAAGAACAAGCUGCAGGAGCUUAGUGGAGUAUGCCGGAAGCUUGAGAAUGAGAAUGCUUCAAAAACAUCUCAAGUCGAGCAAAUGAAAGGGGAGAUUAGCUCGAUGGAGAAUGAAAUUGGCGGGUUGAAAUCGGAGCUACACGCAUACAAUCCAGUCAUAGCUGCUCUAAGAGAGGAUAUAAUGCUUCUUGAGCAUAAUGCUCUUCUUCAGACGAAGCUCAAAGCAUCCCGUAACCACGAGCCAGAGAUUCUCGAAGUCGUUGGAGAUGACUGGGAAGUAGUUGUGGAAGACUCAUCCCUUGUUAGCUUACAGAGCUUGCAGAUGAGAGUAAACGAGGUUGGGAAGUUGAUGGAAGAGAUGAACAAACCGGUAGCCCCCAGAAGAUCAAUCUCGAAAAGCAAGCAAGAAUCUGCAGUGGAUGAGACAGAGCAGGUGAAGUCACGUCGUUUCUUGGGCAGGGAUAAGUAUGAGCACAGCCGGAGGAAAGGACAUGGAAGCGAGACAUGCAACACUCCCAAGUUGCAGAAGAUAAAAACCAAAGCCUGUGAAGCAAAGAGUGGAAUUCAAAUAAAAGACAUUCCACUCGAUCAAGUGACGAGCAGCUCGCUCAAAGGGAUCCGCAAGAAAGGUAGUGGCAGGGUAGACGAUCAAAUGCUCGAGCUGUGGGAGACUGCUGAGGACCUAACAAUAGGAGAGUCGCUUAGGAGGUCGUUUAAGAUAACUGACAAAGACAUAGUGUACGAUGAGUUUGAGAACGUUAGACGUCUCUCUGAUCCCCCCUUCACGGAUUCAGACGUGGAGAAGGAGCUUGGCGUGGAUAAGUGGGAGGUCUCGCGAAGCAGCAGCAGUUCUGAGCUGAACAGAGAAAUGGGUGGUAGGAGAGUCUUGGAGAGGCUCGCCUCUGACGCCCAGAAACUCGAGAGCCUUCAGACGACAGUACUAAACCUGAGAGGCAAGCUGGAGACAAACAGAAAGGGUUAUCGAAAGGCCAAGAAUGUUGAUCUUGAAACAGUUCAAGAACAGCUGGUGGAGGCAGAGGAAACAGUGGCAAAUCUAGUGGAUUUGAACGGCCGGCUUGCUAGGAGCAUGGAAGAAUGCCAUUCCCCGGAUAGGAAGAAAGAGGGUGCGAAGACGCGGAGGAGGAAGGUGGCAGAGCAGGCACGAAAGGGGUCUGAGAGGAUCGGAAGGCUGCAGCUGGAGCUUCAGAAGAUACAGUACAUGUUGUUGAAGAUGGAGGGUGAGAAGAAGAGGAACAAGUUUCUGAAGAGCAAAACUAUCAUUCUGAGAGACUUCAUCAUCUACAACGGGAGGAGAAGCAGCGGGAGACGCAAGAAGGGCCCUCUGUGUGGGUGUUUUAGGCCUUCAAGUAGUAGGAAUGGAAGCAGCCCUUAAUAUGUAUUGUGUAUCAUCUCUUUGACUAGUUGGAGGAAAAGUUUGUCUAAUUUUGAAUAUAAACUGUUUUUACUACACAGAUAUGUGAGUUCCAUUAUAUGCAA